AUGGCAGAAAAUGGCGCCAUCCCCACGGCUGGACUCUCAAAUAACAAACCCACACCAUCAGUGAAGGACUCUGUUGGCCAAAAGAGAUCCAAAUCCACAAAAAUGGUAAGAUUUUGCACCAUUUUUCGAAUGCUCAUCUGUUGUUGCCCAGUGUAAUAUAAAAAAUCUUUUGAUUUUAGGUUUUCCCUUCCCAAAGAGACUCUCAGAAAGACAAGAUCGUCAAGAUGACUCGGUCCGCACUUCAUAAGCAUAUCCGUCUCAUCAAGACCAAGCUCCAUCGACGAAACCAAACCCUCCGAAUCCGCGUGCUAAUGCAGGAAGAAUUUGAAGACAAAUACGUCCGACUGAAUCAAGCGGGCUUUGAAUCAGAUGAUGAGGACGAUGAGGUAUUCUGUGCCAAAAAGAAGAAGCAUUCCGACAGUUUCGCCGAUGACAAGGACAUCGACGAAGAAUGGGACUUUGGAGAUGGUGACUACCAGAAUGCCCCGGAGAACCCUCAGGAAAACAAACGGAUCUCGAUUAUUGAGGAAUUGUAUGGAUGA